AUGGUUCCUGGCCGAUUUCCUGUAUCUUUUGAAGACAGUGGGAAAAAGGGCUGCUGUUGUUUCUCUUUGGGUGAGAGUAUCUUCUCUGCCUCGAUAUAGUUAAAUAUAAUCUUCUAUCAUGGAUAACAAAUCCAUCUGCGAGAACGAUAAGGAAUUUGUUGUAAUGGCUUCUUCUUCUUCACUACGUCUUAGAAAUGACAACAGCGCAAACAGUCCUAAAAACAGUAACAUGGACAUUGCUGAGCAUGAUGAGGAGUUCACUGUAAUGGCUUCCUCUUCAUUACCACUCUCGGUAAUCGAUGACAGCCCAAACAAUCCUAACUGUAGCAGCAUCAAUAUGGCGCAGGAUACUGAUGAAAAUGUUUCAGCGGUUUCAUCUUCAUCUUUGCAAAGGACUCGCAGCUCCGAAUUCUAUGAAGCAGAUUUAUUCUAUUACUUGGAACUGUACAAAGUUGUGCUCAAUGGUGACUGGGAAAGUGCUUCAAAAUUAUUGGAGGAUGAUCCAAAAUCAUUCUCCACCCCGAUGCUUCACAUAGCAGUUGAGUUAGGAGAGGCCACCAUGGGUUUCGUGGAGAAGUUGGUUCAGUUUAUGCCAAGUCCGGCACUGUCUCUGCCGGGUUCUAAUGGCGCCACUGCCCUUUUUACCGCUGCGAAGGCUGGCAAUAUAAAAGCAGCCAAGUUGUUCGUGGAAAAAAAGUCAAACUUGCCCAAUAUCUGCAACCACGGCAAUUUAGUGCCUCUUCACACCGCUGUUAGGUAUGGUCAUAAAGAGCUGACUUUAUAUUUAUUAAGCGUCACCAGAGAUGAUGUAGAUCCAAGUCCUUUCGCAGACAAGCCUGGAUUCGAACUUCUGCGCAGAGCACUAAUGGUGGGGUUUCAUGAUGUAGCACUGUAUCUGGUUAAACGUUAUCCUGACCUUGCCACAUGCAAUUUCGGUGAUGCUAAAGAUUCUGAUGAUGAUAUUUAUUCUGAUGAUGAUAAAGCCCCUUUGACGGUAUUGGCUAAAAGGCCUUGGGCUUUCCGAAGUGGAAGUCGCUUCAACUUAUGGCAACUCAUAAUAUAUCACUGUGUUCCUGUGAAAUUAAACCAUUUUCUUAGUCAACCUAAUAGAGGAGGCAUGGAGAAUCAAGUUGGUAGCUAUGAACUAUCCACACAAAUGUGCUACUGGACUCGAUUGUUCAAAGCUUGCCGAAAGGCGAAUGCAAUAUUCUGGGAACUGGUUGAAUGGUUAGUACCACCCAUCAAGCACAUCCAAGAAACAAAAACAAUGCAUACUCUGACUCUUCAAUUGCUUAAGCACCUAUGUACUGAAGUUUUGAAAGUAUCAAGAGCAGAGGAAAUAUUUGGACAAGCAUUCAUUACUGGGGCAAAAUAUGGGAUUCCCGAGAUUCUGGAAGAGAUUAUAAAGUCAUAUUCUUCUGCACUCGAGUAUCUGGAUGAGGAUGUAUUCAAAUUGGCAGUAUUAAAUCGUUAUGAAAAGAUUUUCAACCUCAUCUGCGAAACCGGUAUGCAUAGACAACUUAUAAUACGAACCAGAGAUGAUACAAAUAACGAUAAUAUCUUGCAUUUGGCUGGAAAAUUGGCCCCUCUGCACCGGCUCAGUCUCGUUUCUGGUGCAGCUCUACAAAUGCAACGCGAGUUACAUUGGUUUAAGGAAAUUGAAAAAUAUGCACCGAGAGCCUUCAGUGAAUCUGAGAACGAAAACGAAGAUACACCAAAAAUGGUAUUUAUAAAGGCACAUAAAGAGUUGAUAAAAGAAGGGGAGAAAUGGAUGAAAGGCACAGCAAAAUCUUACACAUUGGCAGCAGCGCUUAUUGCUACUGUAGUGUUUGCAGCAGCAAUUUCCAUCCCGGGUGGCAACCAUGAUGAUACUGGCAUACCAAAUUUCUCUGAAGAAUAUACCUUCAAAUUUUUUGCAGUUUCGGAUGCUCUUUCCCUCUUCCUAUCCGUUGCUUCGGUGCUGAUAUUCCUAUCCAUUCUCACUGCACGAUAUGCAGAAGGUGAUUUUCUUUUUACCCUUCCCAGGAGGUUGAUAUCUGGCCUUGUUACUCUAUUCCUCUCCGUAACAUUCAUGAUGAUAGCCUACAGUAGCGCAAUCUAUCUUAUCUUUGGUGAAAAGAAGGCAUGGAUUCUUAUUACCUUGGGUGCAUUAGCCUGUUUGCCAGUGACCUUGUACGGAAUUCUGCAGUUUCCCCUCCUUGUGGAAUUGAUUUAUUCCACAUACGGCCCAGGCAUUUUUGGCAAACAUAGUAAUCGUCUGAUCCGAUAGAUCGACAAUCAUGGUGAGAGUAUUCGACACAAUUACGUACUUUGGGAUUUGCAUCAAAUUCAUGACUGAAUGUAUUGCCUUCACUCUCUCUCUCUGCUCCUGCGGACAUUUUCUCCUAGAUAUUUCAUUGUAAUUCUAACUUCUGUCAACUAUGAUGAACAGGCUUAAAGCAAACUUUUUAAACUUGGCAAAAUUGACUUUUUGGUACA